GUGGAUGCUCAGAAUUUCAUUGUGAUGAUAAUCCUGUGAGUCGUUCUGCUUACAUAGCAGAGCUGGAAAAGUUUGGCAUAACAGUCAAAGCACGAAACUGCCUAGUUUUUCAGGAAAGUGUAGAGUCGAUUUCAAUGAAAAAACCCAAAGAAAGAACCCAGUUCUUGGAGGAAAUCAGCAGCUCGGGAGAACUAAUGGGAGACUAUGAGGAAAAGAAGAGAAAGUUACAAAAGGCUGAAGAGGAUGCACAGUUUAAUUUUAAUAAGAAAAAAAGUGUAGCUGAAGAGUGCAAAGAAGCACAAUUAGAGAAAGAAGAGGUAAGGCGUCAUGAAGAUGUAACCAAUCUUUAUCCUUUUAUAUUAGGUGGAUGCUCAGAAUUUCAUUGUGAUGAUAAUCCUGUGAGUCGUUCUGCUUACAUAGCAGAGUUGGAAAAGAUCGGCAUAACAGUCAAAGCACGAAACUGCCUAGUUUUUCAGGAAAGUGUAGAGUCGAUUUCAAUGAAAAAACCCAAAGAAAGGACCCAGUUUUUUGAGGAAAUCAGCAGCUCGGGAGAACUAAUAGGAGAAUAUAAAGAAAAGAAGAGAAAGUUACAAAAAGCUGAAGAGGAUGCACAGUUUAAUUUUAAUAAGAAAAAAAGUGUAGCUGAAGAGUACAAACAAGCCCAAUUAGAGAAAGAAGAGGCCGAACGUUACCAGGGUCUUCUUGAAGAACUGAAAGUCAACAAGAUACAACUACACCUUUUCCAACUAUAUCACAAUGAGAAGAAAAUUCAUUUUCUGAAUUCUGCGUUAGAGCGUGUGAAUAGGGAUUUGAGGGUCACAAAAGAGUCUCUUUCUCAUCAUGAAAACAUAGUUAAAGCCAUGAAAAAGGAACGUGGAAUGCUAACCAGACAACUACAACAAACAGAAAAAGAAGUAAAAUCUCUUGGAGCACUUUUAAAUCAGAAGCAGCUUCAAUACAUUAUAGCCAAAUAAACCAUUUCUCACCACCUGAAAAAAUUAGAUGUGGCUAAGAAAUCAGUAAAGGACACUGAAGAAGAACGUUCUAAACAGGAAGAUGACAUAGGAGCCCUGGAGACAGAACUGGUUGAUUUAGAUGGUGCAUGGAGAAGUUUUGAAAAACAGAUUGAGAAAGAAAUGGUAAGUAAAUUACGAGACUUAGAACUGGAAGACGGUAAGCUGGAUCGUUAUGACGAACUUAAGGAAGAAGUAAGAACGAAAGCAGCUAUAACGAUCCAACAACUGGAAAAAUUGCAGUGGGAACAGAAGGUGGAAGAAGAAAGACUGGCGUUUGAAAAGAGGAGGCAUGGUGAAGUUCAGGGAAAUCUAAAACAAAUAAAAGAACAAAUAGAAGAUCAUAAAAAACAAAUAGAGAAGUUGGAGGAGGAUACAAAGACAUCCAUGGAUUGCUUGAAAGAGAAGAAAGAGCAAGAGGAAACCCUAGUGGAUGAAAUUGACAAAGCAAAAUCAAGAAUGUCUGAGGUUAAUGAAGAAUUGGAUCUUAUUGGAAGUGAAUUGCAGAAUGCUGGAAUUGAUAACCAUAAGAGAAGAUGUCAGCAAAAGAGAGCAGAGACUCCGGAUCACCUUAAAAGACUUUACCCAGAUUCUGUGUUUGGAAGACUGGUUGACCUGUGUCAUCCUAUUCAUAAGAAAUACCAGCUGGCUGUUACUAAGCUUCUUGACCAGUACAUGUUUGCCAUUGUUGUAGCCUCUGAAAAAGUAGCAAAAGAUUGUAUUCGAUUUCUGAAGGAGGAAAGAGCUGAACCUGAGACAUUCCUUGCUCUAGAUUACCUGGAGAUCAAGCCAAUCAAUGAAAGAUUAAGGGAGAUUAAAGGCUGUAAAAUGGCGAUUGAUGUCAUAAAGACUCAGUUUCCACAGCUCAAGAAAGUGAUUGAAUUUGUGUGUGGAAAUGGCCUUGUCUGUGAGACUGUGGAAGAAGCCAGGAGUGUUGCGUUCGAUGGACCUGAAAGACGGAAAACAGUGGCUCUUGAUGGAACACUAUUUUUAAAAUCUGGUGUGAUCUCUGGAGGGUCAAGUGAUUUAAAAGACAUGGCUAGAUGCUGGGAUGAGAAAGAGUUAACGAAUCUAAGAGUCAGAAGAAGACAGCUAAUCCAAGAGCUGAAG